ACGGAGAUCAUGACAGAGAUCAUGGUGAUGACGGCUCCGCCAUCCAACGUGCUGCGGCUGCUGGGGAUUGCCAUGUGGGGGCAAACCAUCUCCAUGGUCUCUGACAGCCAAGGGCAUAGAGCCCUUUCCCUGGAAGGACCGGCUGAGCAUAGCGGUGGGGAGUGUGGUGGCGGGCUAGCAGCGAUCCACAAGGAGGGCUUUAUCCACCGUGAUUUCAAAGCUGCCAACGUGCUUCUAACGAAGGACCUCGUGCCAAAGGUGGCGGAUUUUGGGUUAGCCAAGACAUGCCAGGACAGGACACAUGUCACGACACGAGUGGCCGGCUCGCAGGGCUACAUCGACCCCUCAUACUUUGAGACAGGCUUACUGACAGAGCACUGUGACACCUUUGCGUGGGGCAUCUUCUUGCUGGAACUCCUCUCGGGCUGCUGUGUAAAUGACCGACCGUUUUCACAACUGCAAAACCUCGCCACCGAUCCCAAUCUCUCAGACUACUCCCAAGUGGUGGACAAGAGUCUGGAGGGGCAGUGGAGCGAGGAGGAGGUGCGAGUGGUGGUGUUUGCGAUAUCCAGCCAAUUGGAGAGCAUGCUUUUGCCUCGCCUUGCAGCAAGCACCGCCCACCGAUUUCUCCAGCGCGCCCCGCCACAAGCCGCUUCCAAGCUGAGGAAGGUGGCUACGAGCCACGUCUGCCUAGCCGGAGCUCCGUCUCUGGUUGCCUUUUCCGAGCCAACUGCUCUGCGCACUCACCUCACCAAGGCUGUGUAG